GGGAGCCGAUGAUGGCCGACCAUACCAAAACUCUUGUCUAGCGCAACCCCAGACUUUGCCCCUCUCAUCUCAUUUCUUGUACUGACGCAUUGCAACAACCCGUGACCAUAACCCAAGCUGUUUGAUCUGGUACUUCCAUCAAAGAAAUACGGACAGCAUCGUGUCGCCUGGUCACUCCCGCUCGCGCUUGCGCUCACGCUCACGUCCUUGAUUCCACAGUUGAUAACCGUACGCAUUUCAGGAUUGAACAUAUCGCGCAGGGUUUACGUGCCAUCGUUCUUGACUUUACUCCCUUCAGCAAGGGUUCCAACUUCUUCCUGCCUUGUCGGAGCUGCAAUUCUCGCCAAGUCUAUCCUUUCUACGUAUAUGGGCUGUAGCGCUCGAGAGCGCUCGUUGAUGCAAACCUCUUGUACCGAAACAAUUUAUUCGAAAUAAACGACUGAUCGCCACGAUAAAUCUUGUCACUAGGAGCAUGGGUUGCGGAUCCUCCAGCCUGAAAGGCGAGGAUGUAAACAUCAAUGGACCACAGCCGUCAUCGUCAGACCCAUUAGCUCCCAGACGGGUCCGGACCGACUUUGCGAGCGUCGACUACGAGCAAGAUGGCAACAAUGAACGACGAAUGACAGAAUAUGCGCCUCAUGAGACGGUGAGAUCUCAGUCAGGCGCAGGACACGACAGGAACCUGUCACCAGCAGGGCUUCCAAGCGAACCGAAGAAAGCAUCCAAGUCGGCAGCGACAGGGCUCCACGACAGCUUUCACGCAGAUAGUGCUGCGAACCCCAAAGUUGGGGCCGAAACCGACGUCUUCCCACAUGAAGGAAUCGGUGUAGGUGAAUCCAAGCUGAAAGACGGCGACGAACCUGAUCUCAAGCCAUAUCAAACGAUCGACAACGACGGCUGGGACCAAGACGAAUUCCAAACCCAGACCCAGUCGCCGUCAUCACGCGCCGUCAACGGGGCGCACGAUGACUCGGGUUUCGACCCUCUGAGCACCAAAGCAAAGGAAGACUUCGCCCACGACAACGAUCCCGCCAGCAUCGACAAUCAGGCGAAUGGCGACAAGUCUGGGCCCGUAUCCGACUCAGCACCCAGCCCCCGAGGUUCCAAAGACGGCAAGAAGUCAUGGUUGGGUGACAAGUAUUCGCAGUAUCAGGCGAUGAAAAGCGGACGCAACCAGCAAAUAUCAGACGAAGAGUUGAAGAAGUAUACGGGCAUGGAUCGUAAGCAGUUGAAGGACUGGGGAGAUGCUCGAGACGGCGUCGCCGGAAAUCAGCGCGCGGGUACCGUCAGCUCGAGUAAUGCCAAAGCCGCAGGCGCUGGCUGGGAUGCUAGUAUGUAAUUCGUCGUGCUCAGGCCUCACUUAUUCAUACUAUGGAUGAUUAUUUUACAUUGCAUCUACAGUCUCUGGUAGAGGAUUGACGCACGGGGCAGAAUGGCAAGGCAUGCCAUCUCAGUCGAAUCUUACAAUCGAUUCUUACAAGCUAGUGAAUUGUUUGUGCAUGGUGUGGGACCAGACUUGGACUUUGUAAUCAUAUGUGCAAUCUACGAACCCAACCUAUGUUUUGCAGAUAUCCAAAC